AUGGGUGAAAGUUCUCUGAGAAAGUGGUUUGGCGGAACUCGGUUCAUCUUGGUUGUGCAAGGGCUAAGUAUGAUAACAAUUGGGUUUUUGUCAUUCGCUGCUACGAUCCUCCUGGUAACUAUGAGGGCGAGCGUCCCUACUAGAAUUGGAGGGCAUUUGAUAAAGCUGAUGAAGUUGAGAUGGUGGACUGGAACUUGGAACAGAUUGGAUGUUGUUGGUUGA